AUGUCGGAGCUUCCGGCGCGGCGAUGGCAAUUCAAGUUUGUCGGUGGCCCAAGUAGAAAGCGAUGUAGACGAGGCGGCCUGCCUGCUCACGACAGGGGCCGAACCUCCCCUGCCUCGAGCAAGGCCGCUCACCCAGAGGAUAAGGGUUCGAGCUCGAGGAACAGUCCACAGCAACAUCACACAUCAUGUGAGGAUACAGUCAGUAACCAGGUCACCACCUGCCUGCCGCCCCUUCCAUCUGCUGGACCUUCAUCGAUAGUCCAGCCACGUGUACACGGAAGCCCUGAUAUUCUCUCCGGUGGGCCAAACCUCGACAGCAUCUCAAUACCUACCCCCGAGUCUAGCCAGUGGCUCUGUGAUCCCUCUGCCUUCACUGGGUACUAUUUGCAAUCCCCAGCUUUCAGCUUGGAGGGAGAUACUACCCUCAACAUCUUUACGCCUUCCACCAACCACACCACCGAUAUAUUCAACACAUACGAAAGCGAGACACCACGACUAGGGUCGAGCUUCAACAAUGCUUGGGAAAGGCUGGUCACACGCUACGACGAAGAAUUCUGUGUGUUGCCGCUCACCUACAACUUCGACGCGAACCCAUUUCGACGUGACCCGGAAACGAUCAAGACGUCGGAGCUUCUUUUACACUCUGUACUGACAUGUUCUUACAAGCACGUGGCCAGGGAUGCAGGAAGCUUCUUUCCUGAAGCUUUCCACCAUUGGGAACAGGCCAUGCGGCUACUUGCAGAAAUCGAGGAACAGACAGAUUUCACCUCUUUCGAACCCGCCGUUCUUGAUUCAAUCCUUAUUCUCAUGUCUCUGGACUGUGCCACAUCCGCGGAUGGGCCUUGGCCCUACCAUCUCCAGCGCGCGCAUAAAAUGCUGGAAACCAUGGAACAGCUCCAUAUCCCCAAUACACCGCGUGUAAAAGCGCAGAUUGGCAUGCUCGUAUGGUGGGAUGUUACGUUGGCACUGACAAGGCGACAAGGAUGCAUCCUCUCCGAGUCAACCAUCAUGGGCCAGCUCGAUUCUACCGACGGGAGCAACCCAGCUCUUUACAAUAUGGCUGGGUGUCCAAAGGAUCUAUUUAUGUACAUGGUGCGACUGGGAGACUACUCUAGAGAGUUCGAGCUCGCCUUUACCAUGAAGUAUGUGGAAUUCGACAUGGAGCUCGUGCUUGCCGCAGAGAAAGGUAUUCGAGAAUGGUCGGUCCCGCAGAUGGAUGACUCGAACCUCCUGACUGACCCUGAAGAGGCUCACGAGCUGGAUGACCUAGCUCAGCAGAGGCAAGACGAGAUUCACUGCGCCGAAGCCUAG